AUGACACUACACGUCCUUGAGGUUGCCCGAGUCACCCCCGCCACCGACUCGGACUCGGACUCAGUCAGAUCGCUCGCAAUCCCAUUGACGUUCUUCGAUCUACCAUGGCUCGUGUUCCACCCAGUCAAGCGACUCUUCUUCUACAGACUCACCGAGUCGACUCAUGAACAUUUCCACUCCUUCAUCCUCCCUAAACUCAAACUCUCUCUUUCCCUCGCCCUCCGCAACUACCUCCCUCUCUGCGGCCGCAUCACCUGGGACCCAAACGAGCCCAAACCAAGCAUCGUGGUCUCUCAAAACGACGGCGUUUCAGUGACCAUCGCCGAGACAGCCGCUGAUUUCUCUCAUCUCUCCGGCUAUGGACAGCGUCCAGUCUCCGAGUUACACACCUUACUCCCCGAGUUACCGGUUUCCGAUGACUCAGCGUCCGCUUUCUCUCUGCAAAUCACACUGUUCCCAAACCAAGGAUUCUCCAUCGGCGUCGCAGCACACCACGCCGUUUUGGAUGGAAAAACGUCAAGCAUGUUCAUCAAAGCUUGGGCUCACUCCUGCAAACAACACCUCGAGAACGAGAACAGAGCCGUCUCUCUCCCGGAUAAUCUAACACCGUCUCUUGAUCGGUCUUUGCUCACAGAUCUAACCGGAAUCGACGAGAAGAUGAUCGAGAUCGUGAGAUCUCUUAAACAGAGCAACAACACCAACGAGAGAAGCCUGAGUCCGCUUCCCGCGAGAGAACUCGGAGACGACGUCGUUCUCGCGACGCUCGUUCUUUCCCGCGAUGACAUCGACAGGCUCCGGAAGAGAGUCAAAUCACAAAUUCCAGAUCGGCCGCUUCACUUGUCGACUUUCGUCAUCGCCUACGCAUACGCGUGGACGUGCUAUGUGAAGGCGCGUGGAGGAGACGGGGAUCGAUCCGUGGGUUUCCUUUUUUCUGGAGAUUUCAGAGAGCGGUUGGAUCCGCCGCUUCCGUCGACAUACUUCGGAAACUGCGUGUUUCCGGCGGGAAGCUACGAUCAGAAGGCGGCGGAUUUCGCGGAGGAGAAAGGAUUCGUAAAUGCGGUUGAGAUCUUAAGCAAUCUGGUGAAAGGCCUGAGUUCGCGAAGGAUAGAGACGAUCGCGAAAGCAUUCAGGGAUGGAUUCGAUUCACUGGGAGAGAGCUCACAAUUAGGGACGAUAGCCGGGUCGAACCGGUUGGGAGUGUAUGAAUCGGAUUUCGGUUGGGGAAGACCGGUUAAGGUUGAUGUUGUCUCUAUUGAUCAAGGAGAGGCAAUGUCGAUGGCGGAGAGACGUGACGAAUCAGGUGGUGUUGAGAUGGGAAUGUGCCUGAAGAAAGCAGAAAUGGAUUUGGUCGUUUCUUUUUUCAACAAUGGUUUACAUUUACAAAGCUAA